AUGUCAACAGGUGAAGUCGAGUACAGGAGUGUCUUGCAGCACAGCGAAUAUAUCUCGUCCUCACAAGGACUGUCAGAAGAUGUUGGAGGACAUCUUGCAAGAUAUGAUGGUAUACCAGUUGGGCAUGAUGGAGGGGUGCAUCCUUCUGAGUAUCCGUGGACGUAUCUUCCAGUGCCGGUGAAGCAAGAGGCUCACCAUGCGAGGCAGCUAUAUGAUAGCAUAUACUCAUUGCCGUUGAUGUCUAGCCCUCCAAAAUACCAGCCACAGCUCACAUGUGACACACAUGAGUCUGAUCAAACCCCUUUGACACAGAGAUUUGGAAUCUCUGAUGGCUAUGUCGGCGCUAACCCUCUACACAACGGUAGGAAUACCAAGCAUUAUGGCGAUUCCUUUUCAUUCGUCAAUGACAGGCUAACAGAAGAAGACAUGUAUAAGGGUAUGGUAGAUAAUCAUGCCAUGCUCCCGUCAGUAGGCUCUGAGCUUAACAACCGAGCAUCUACCGAAGCUGAGUCUUUAUCCAGUUGGGAGAACUCUCCUAGACCGACCAUGGCACAAUUGACCGUGGACACAGCAGUUCCUACCACGCAGUCGCCAUCUGGGUUUGUCUCAGCAUCCAUAGGGUAUAAUAACAUAUCUGCAUACUCAGAUAUGCCCUCUUCAACUUCAGCUUUCACUCCCUGUAGCUCCCUAUACUACUCAAACACGCCACUCUCACCUUCAGCGUCGCCUCAAAGACAGCAGCAAUAUUCAGACCGUCUCAAGGCUGAAUCGGGCGCCAUGGCUGCCGUGUCUCCGGGAGCUCCUCGAACCCGGCAAUUGAGAACUUAUGGCUACGACGGCUGCGGAAGUGGAUGGGUACAGAGCCCUUCUUCCGCGAAUCCAACGUACCUUCCCCAGCCGCAUGGUAACACGCCAUUUGCUGGAUCAUCCCCUCUAGAGCAGAAACCAGACCACCACCACCCUCCUCCCCAUGCGGUAGAUACAUCUGAGGAGAAGGCAGAGUCAAAGGAAGCAGUAGAAGCCCUGCCUCCUCCGUUGCCAAAACCCCCAGCCGGUGUUAAAAAGUCCAAGUCUGACAAGGCUACCCCGAAGCGCAAAAUCAAGCAAGCUGUAUCCCGAAAAGCGUCUGGGAAGAAGCUGUGUCGGCAACAGCAUGAUAUCGAUCACUAUUCAAACCUGGCUGACCCUCCUGACUUGUUUGAACCAUUGAAGGAUAGCCCAUCACAACCACCACCGGAAGACCUGUUCCCGUCUGACCCAGCGAUGAUUCCCCGGGAGCAGGAUCCUCGCUUUGAAGGCGACAUGUACACUCCCGCCUGGGUACGCGGACAGGGAAACAAGCGUGAAGGUUGGUGCGGCAUCUGCAAGCCUGGACGCUGGCUUGUGCUCAAAAACUCCGGGUAUUGGUAUGACAAGAGUUUCACACAUGGCAUCAGUGCCACGACCGGGCAGGCAUUUAGUCCCCCGAAGCAGACUCGACGAAGCCAGGGCAACGCAAACAUCUGGGAGGGUCUCUGUGAGAACUGUGACUCGUGGGUUGGGCUGGUCAGUAGCAAGAAGAGAGGGACGACAUGGUUUCGCCAUGCGUAUAAGUGUUAUAAUGGCUGCAGCACCACCAGCAGGAGCAGCAAGACUGAAGGCACGCUAAAGAGACGACGAGCAAGCAGUGAGAGCGAUGACAACCGCCCUUCGACUCGACCUAAGCUGUCAUCAACACCGACGGCUCGCAAAGCGAAGCCAGCCAUUCCAUCCUUUGGUUCCAAAGUAAGCCAAUCUCCAACUACAUCCUAG